AUGGCCGACGAGGCAGAGGAGCACGAGGUGUACGGCGGCGACAUUCCCGAGGAGGCGGAGGGCGAGUAUGAGGGGGAUUUGGAAGGGACUGGGGAGGAAGGCGAAGGCGCUACGGGAGCCACCGCUGCUGCUGCCGCAGAUGGCGCUGGAUCAUCAGGCGGGGCGUCUGGCGCAGCAGCUGGAGCGGCAACAGGCGGCGAGGGCGGAGAAGAUGCCGCGGCAAAGGAGUUGGAGGAGAUGAAGAAGCGGUUAAGGGAGAUGGAGGAAGAGGCGGCUGCGUUGCGCGAGAUGCAAGCCCGGGUCGAGAAAGAGAUGGGCGCAGUUCCAGAGGGAGGUGACCCCAACGCCGUCUCUCAAGCCAGCAGGGAGGAGGCCGACGCUCGAUCCGUGUUCGUCGGAAACGUGGAUUACGCGUGCACGCCCGAGGAGGUGCAGCAGCACUUCCAGUCGUGCGGCACCGUCAACCGCGUUACCAUCCUCACCGACCGAUACGGCCAACCUAAAGGGUUCGCGUACGUUGAGUUUUUGGAGGUCGACGCGGUGCAGAACGCCGUGCUGCUCAACGAGUCGGAGCUGCACGGCCGGCCGCUCAAGGUGGUGGCGAAGCGCACCAACGUGCCUGGCAUGAAGGCGCACAGAUUCCGCCGCCCCGGCUACCGUCCCUUCCGCCCGGGAGGACCAGGCGGCUAUGGGAGGGCGCCUCGCUUCCGCCGUCCCUUCCGCUACCGCCCGUACUACUGA